AUCAUGCCAUGACGAUUGACGACCCGUGAGUCAUGAUUGAUACAACCGAGUUGUCUUGUCACCAUACACAAUUGUGGAGCCCAACUAAAGAACAACAUUAAAAACGUCAACCUGUCUCUUCCCCCGGCUUGGAUCAUUGCUCACCAAUCACCAUGUCCAAGAAGAUUGUGCUCAAGGUUGACAUCACAGCCGAGCGAUGCAAGGCCGGCGCCAUGAGCACCGUCGCCAAGCUCCCCGGGAUCAAGUCGAUGGCGGUGGACGGGGACAAGGGGACGCUGACGGUGGUGGGGGAUGUGGACGUGGUGUGCCUGGCGAGCGCGCUGCGGAAGGCCAAGUUCGCGGUGGUGGUCGUCAGCGUCGGGCCGGAGGAGGUGAAGAAACCAGAACCGCCCAAGCCGGCACCGGUAGAAAAGAAGAAGGCUGACGAUCCGCCCAAGCCGCCAUGCUGCUGCAACAGCAACUUCGGCCCCGGCGCCUGCAACUGCUGCCCCCGUCCCGGGCCGAUGCCGCCGUACGGCAUGGUCUGCUACGACGAGCAGCCAGACGGCUACGGAUGCAUCAUCAUGUGAAGCUGUGACGGUGAGCCUGUGAUUUAGUACCAAGCUACUGGUAACCUGAGUUGUUGUUUCAUCAUUCGUGUCGAUGCAACGGCUGUUUAUCUCGACUUCUUUCUUCAGCUUCAUCAACUUAGUUAGAAUAUACACAUUAAGUUGUCAUAAUUUUAGGCACGCUUGAAAGGGAAUAUUUUUCCUCAGUUCUUAUGGGAAUGAAUCGACGUGUAAACCAAAUCACGGGCAAUAAUUUAACAUCAUUUCAUAA